AUGGCGCGUGCACACGACGAAGUAGUCGCCGAAGACUCCACAGAGGCACAGAGAAUACGUGUAGCGCUUCGUCUGCGGGCGAUCGCGUCUUACAGCGACCUAGUCGGGCGUGCAUGUGAGAUUACGUUGUUGGGCGACGCGUCGCCGUGCGCCUCGGGCGUUUUUCGUGGCGUCGACUCAGGCGAGGAGUGUUAUCUGGUCGAGAGCUUGGAAUCGGCGCUGGGAACGACAAAACGGGCGCGCGUACGAGUGCGCGAGGUGUCGUCGUUGAGGUUCGAGGCGGCGGUGAAGAUGGCGACGCGUGAGGCGGCUGGCGGUUGA